GUAUUUCAAGGACAAGUGGAGCCGCGAAAGAAUGUUCGACAGUGUUGGAUCCAAAUGCUUGCAACCUCGCUGAGUGUGCUGCGAUGUGUCAUCAACGAUAUAAUGGACGUGGAUAUUGCGUUGACGUAUAUCCUCACAAAUGUCAGUGUAUAUACGAAUGUCCUCCAUAGAAGGGCAUGCCAAUGUUCCAAUUUGAAUUCCAAAGAAUAA